AUGGCGGAUGUGGAAAUGAAAGAAGCCGGCUCCGCCGCCGUUAAAGCGAAGGGCUCAUCGAAAGCUUCCGAAGGUGCCAGUGACGGCAAGAAGAAGUUUGAGGUUAAGAAGUGGAACGCGGUCGCCCUGUGGGCGUGGGAUAUCGUCGUCGACAACUGCGCAAUUUGCCGUAAUCACAUCAUGGAUCUCUGUAUCGAGUGCCAAGCCAACCAAGGUUCGUCUACGACUGAGGAGUGUACAGUCGCUUGGGGUAUCUGCAACCAUGCGUUCCACUUCCACUGCAUCUCGCGAUGGCUGAAAACCCGUCAAGUUUGUCCCCUCGACAAUAGGGACUGGGAGUUCCAGAAGUACGGCCGGUAA